GCCACUUGACAAUGGGUAGAUUACCAGUUGGAGGCAUGACACCCUAUGUUUUAACAAGUAUAGGAGGUGAAAGAGAACCAAAACGAUUUUACUGUACCACCUACUGCAGCUCUUAUGGAAUAGAGGGCUUUAAACCAAGAAGAGGACAGCAUACAGGGACAGGAUAUACAGCCAGUAUGAGGCCAGCUUUAUAUUACAAUUCCAUCUUGGACCAACAUGACAAUAAAACUCUGGGGCUCUGCCUGGCCGAUGUUUUCUCUUCAACGACCCAUAGUCACUUCCUCCCAUUACAGAACUUCAAUGGAACUGAAACUCUGCCUCAACAUGGCCAUGCUCAAGGUAGCGGCUUCACCCAGUUGUCAGGAUUAACAGUUCCCAGACAGAAUUCUACUCUCCUGCAGACAGAGUACAAAGGGAGAAUCACUGCAUCAAUGCCAACCUCUCCUGAGUUUGUGCAGCACAAAAUAGUGGGACCAAAGAAACCUUCUGGUUUCUCAAAAGGAUCAAACAUGGAGCCAAUCACGUUUCAGCCCCGUGGUGUGGGUUACAUUGCAGAAUCUGUUCCUGGAAGAAGUAUUAUGAAGGCAGAUUUUCUUCCAUUCAACAUUAUGCAAUGCAGGGAUGCUUUUCCAGCUGUGGCUGCUCGCAGCUUGAGAGAAACUGGCUUCAUCAGGGACAAUGUUGCAUCAUUGCCUAGCCAAAGUAGCCACGCACGUCAAGAUUGCUGUCGGCCUUGCAAUAGUAAUCACUUUCUUUGUCGAAUACCUGAGAGUGCCAAACAACCUUCUGGGUUUACUGAGAAUAUGGCAGGCUUUGUCAGCCAGGCCCCCAAACUUAGAGCCAGUGAUUAUUUUCUCACAAACUACAAUCUAAGAUUCAGCAAUACGAGUCCAGCAGGUCUCAAGCUGGAAGGGUGGACACAUGGAGGCAUCCAGAGACAAAUGCCUAAUGGUUAUACUGUUAAUAAUGAGUUACACUAUAUGGUUAACAAGAGGACAGCAGGAUCAUCUGGUCUCAUGCACCCACAUCAAGCCAGGACAGUGAAGAAGACUGAGUAAUUCUUUAACCUUCACAGCUAUUACCAUCUGCAACAGCAAGGGAAAAUAGUAUUGUGACACUUAAGACAACUGAACUGUGUAACAUGAUCACUGAGCACACUUUCAGAAUCUUAACCAGAAGUAAUAAAGCAUAAGAAGACAUGAAAUGUAAAUCUGUAUGGGAUACAAUGAACUAGUCCAGCUCAUGCAGAGCAAGUGGGAAAUCCAGAUCCCUCUAUAAUACAAACCUAUCAAAACUUAGGAAAAUACUUAAUUGCUUUGUCAUAUAUAAUAAAUAGAAUUCAAUAUACAACAUGAAAUAAAAUGACUAAGUAAGGAGGGAAUGGGGGACCAUUAAUAUUAACACAUUGUCAUCUUAUUUGUUCAACUCGUAAAAACAAUUGCAAUUGAUUCCCAAAAUCUUUGGUGUUUUUUUUAAUCCAAGUUUUUUUUUUUGGUUUGGUUUGAGUGUAAAUAAUGUAAGACAGUGGUCAUGCUUUGUUUUACAUGGUAAGAGCAAGUGCUGUGCCUUACUUAAACAAACAUGUCUUGUGUCAGAAGCUCUGAAUCUUCUUUCAGAUGUAACUCACUUUAUGAGAAUCUCAAGGGUUUAAUAGACUUAUCCAGUGACAGCAUGUUUUCUUCAUGUUUUAGAAUGUACUGUAUUAUAAAUCUGUUAUUGAGGCAAUAAACAUGAUAUAUUGA